UUCCGGCCCCGGCGGCCAUUUUGUUUUUCACCGCCAGCCAAGGGUACCCGGGGUGAGCGGCGCUGCGAUGUUUCCUUUGGCGAGGAGGGCGCUGGGCCUCGCGGCCCGUGGCAUUCAACACACUGUGAAGAGACAAGCUGGCCAUAAACAUGGUCCUGAUUUUCAUGACAAAUAUGGCAACAUUAUUCUACUUGGUGGAGUUGUGUUUUGUACCACCAUUUGGAGCUAUGUUGUGACACAAACUGGGAUUGACUGGAAUUUGUCACCUGUUGGCCGAAUCACCCCAAAAGAAUGGAGAGAGCAGUAGAGGUCUUUACCCUUCUCUAAAAUGUUGGGAGCAACCAUGUACUGGUCUGAGCUUACAUUGGAAUGUAUCUGUGCUGUGCCUGUAAUGGCAUUGUUCUCUGUGUUAUCUGUGAUGUAAUAAAUAUAUUUAAAAGUAA